AUGGGAAGGUGCAAAAGCACUUCAUGGGCCCACGGGAUUCUGCAACCGCCUCCGCUGCACCAGAGGUGGUGUUGGCAGCUGUUGCCCCAGCAUGGAAGUCUGAGACGUGGUCAGUCUCUGGCACAGAACGGCACACGGCACCUGCCACCCGACCAGCAGAUAGAGCUCAUUCGCCAGCUGCCCAGAAGCACAACGGCAGAGAGCAACCUGCAGCUGCGGAGGUUGGAGCAACAUCAGCUGCAGCUGGAGCAAAUCCAGAGGAGGCAGGAACAGGAAAAGCUAAAGUGGCAGAAGCUGGAGGCAGAGCAACGGGAGCAGGAGAGGUUGAAGCUGGAGGCAGAGCAACGGGAGCAGGAGAGGUUGAAGCGGCAGAAGCUGGAGGCAGAGAAAUGGGAGCAGGAGAGGUUGAAGCUGGAGGCAAAGCAACGGGAGCAGGAGAGGUUGAAGAGGCUGAAGCUGGAGGCAGAGAAACGGGAGCAGGAGAGGUUGAAGUUGGAGGCAGAACAACGAGAGCAGGAGUGGCUGAAGAGACUGAAGCUGGAGGUAGAGCAGAAAGAGAAGGAGAGGCAGCAAGAGCAAAGACGGCUGAAGCUCGAGGAGGAGAGGCAGUGGCAGGAAAAACAGAGGCUGCUGAAAGAGCAGAGAUGGGAGCUUCUGCAGCUUCAGCUUCAUCACCAAGAGCACGAGCGUAGACAGAGACAGCUGUUGCUGCAAUGGCAGCAGCAUGAGCUGGAACACCAGCAGCAGCUUAAGGCACAGAGCUCUGCCGUUCUCUCGCCUUCCUCUGGCCUCUGUACCAUCUACGAGGCCAUGGAGACCAGCGAGGGAGAGGAGGAGGAAGAAAGGAAAAGAAUGAGGCCCCCCUACUCAGUCCCAAUCGUGACAAGUUCUCCUAAGCGUUCAUUGCAUAUUGUGAACUCCGAGUUGCCCCCUCAGGUUCCCUCUAGCACCUUAUCCUGCACCCAACUGGACCUGGACUUGAAUAACAAGCUGGAAGUUGUCCAGCAACUGAUCAAUCAGACCCUUCUGCUGGCUGGAGACAUCUACCCUCCCAUGCUCCUGCUUCCUGGGGGCAUCGGGGGCACCCUCAGCCCCCUGGAAACCAACCUGUGGCCUUCCAUUUUGCCCCCACUCAGUCCACCUUCUGCCACAGUCACGUCUGUCAGCUGUUUCUCCCCUGAUGCCCAGGGCAGGUGUCCUCAGGGAGACUGGACGGUGGUGGAGCUGGAGACGCAUCACUGAAAAGGUUGAAACUGCCUGCCGGGGGUCUGCUUUUCGCCCUUUGAGACGAGCUGGUGCACCUGCUGCCGCCUCACUGGAUAGGGCCCCACCUGAUUCUGCAUACCUUUCCUACUCUACGCUGUAGCGGUUGUUAUUUUGCUGCCCGUUGUACAACCAUGACCAUAUAAUACAUCAUGACCCUCAGCAAGACUGUCAUUUGUGCUCCUCUUAAUAUUCAUCAGUCAAAAUGUAACAGCAGAACACCUUCCGCAAUGUGGCCAACUGGACAUGUGGCCCAUGUUGAUACCAGACCCCAUGUUCAUAAAGAACAAACCAAUCCAAGAGAUGCAUCAGUCAUUUUACAGCCUUCGCAACGAGGUACAUGAGCAAAGCAGCUCGUGUGGAACUCCUCAGUAAGGGACAGCACUUGAAUAUUGUUCUCAAUAAAAUUCUAACCUGAUAGGGUAAGCCGAACGUGAAUAUUUCCGACAUUUUGAGGCAGGUAAGUAUCAAUAGUUUUUACGGAAGAAGGAUAAUUUUUUAUAAUGUAUUUCUUCGCAGCCAGGUCUUGUCUGGAAGGAAUUCUUUAUGUUCAGCAGCCUGAAUCCAAACCGGUAAGGGUAAUCAAGUGAACGAAGACUAAAACGCAAGAGGCGGAGCGGACGGCUCCUUCGUGUUUAGGAGGAGCCGGAAGAGCAGGACUUGGUCCGGCGAACUUCAAUCCGAGGCUUUGUGAGACGGAGGACUGUCUUGAUUGGGUUUCUUUCACCAAGGCCUUUUGGUUAAGAUGGAGAGGGGCCGGGGAGUGGGGGGUACACUGGGGAGGGGCGCUACAUUCCAGAGCAAUGAGCUAUUUCACGGGGCGACCGAUGAUGUCGCAGCGAGGGACAAUAGGACCAAUGUGGGUCCUGAGAAGGAUGCCGUGUGGGAAGAGUUUGGCUAAUUUGGUUCUGGCGGUAACAUUCAUGCAGGAAUUUGCAUGGCUGGGUGACCAACAAGUACUCUCCUUGAACCUUUCCAGCACGUGGUUAAGAUUUUGUGCUAGUAGCUGCACUUGUCUUCUUUGUGUCGCCAUUGCUGUCGCUCGCUAAGAUGAAAACUCGAUUUCCCGACUUCACAUUCCAAAGUAAAAUGCAUGGUAAUCAAGCUGCUGUCUCUCCUUUAAUUACAAGCGUUCCUUGUAAUUCCUUGUAAUUGUUCCUAAUUAUCUCGUGCACUUCAACUAUCCCGGAGUGUUUCGCAAUAUUUGGUUGCUUUUACUACUGAAAUCAGCUGAGGUGCUUCUAGUAAAAAUUAUUUUCCUUUUUGUGUGACGAGUCUAUGAAACCAUCUGAAAUAUGCAUGCAUACAACACCAGGAUGAUUCAGCUCUGCUUUGGUUUGUAUGUAAAAAUGAAGCAAUUUUAUAUAAAUUGCAGAAAAUAUGUAUCGAUUUAUAUCAUUUUGUACAAUUGAUGUGAGAUAUGCGGUAUGGAACACCGUUCCAAGAGGAGCUCUGCUGUUGCACCCUUGAGCAAAGCACGCGUCUUCGAUCGAAAACAUCUGUAUGCUAAAAAUGAGUGAAAAUAAAACAAAUGUUAAC